AUGGAUCGGCUUUGGGGAAAGAAGGAAGAGGAAGCCACUGGUGUCUCCACGGGCAUUGAAGCUGACCCUGAUGACAAUGGGGUCAGUGCUACCAUUAUCCAGAGAGAUAUCCGGGCUUUGAAGAGAAGCUCUAGAUGGGAUCCCAACCUGCCCCAAGAUGCAAUCCAUUCCAUCGACGCCGCUUACGAAGGAGAUCUCGAGAAGAAGGCGGCCGUGGAGCACGCUCUUCUCGAGCAGGACUCACCCUAUCCCGAAGUGCGCGCCGCUGUCCGUAACUACGACGAGGAGAUGCCCGCCAACACUCCCCGGGCGUGGAUCCUCGGUAUGCUUUGGUGCACGAUUGGAAGCGCCGUCAACAUGCUGUUCUCCCUCCGCAACCCAUCGAUCUACCUGACUCCAAUCGUGACAUUGCUCCUCUCAUACCCCGUCGGUCUCGCCUGGCAAUACGCCAUGCCAUCCAAGAGAUUCACGACUUUCGGCUACACCUGGUCACUCAACGGGGGUCCGUUCAACAUGAAGGAGCAUACCCUGAUCAUCAUCAUGGCGAACGCCUCAUUUGGAGGGACCACGGCCUACUCCACCGAUGUGCUCCUCGCCCAGGAAGUCUACUACGGUCAGAAGUUUGGCUGGGGAUACCAACUGCUGUUGACCAUCACCUGCCAGAUGCUCGGUCUCGGUCUUGCCGGUCUGACGAGAAGAUGGCUCGUCGAGCCAGCGGCUAUGAUCUGGCCCUCAAACCUGAUCAUCACCACCAUGUUCGAGACCAUCCACACUCGCAAGACGCCCGAACAACUCGCUUCCCACAACACCGGCACCUGGAAGAUGGGUCGCUACAAGUGGUUUCUUCUUGUCAUGGUCGGCAUCUUCGUCUGGGAGUGGUUCCCGCUCUACAUCGCCCCUUUCCUGGGCGCCUUCACCUUCGUCUGCUGGGCGGUUCCGAACAACGUUGUGGUCAACCAACUUUUCGGAGGACAGACCGGACUCGCCUUGAUCCCAAUCACAUUCGACUGGAGCAUUAUCACGGCCUUUGUCCUCUCGCCCUUGGUCUACCCCUGGCACGCCAUUGCAAACACCUUGAUCGGGGUUCUCAUCUUCACCAUCAUCACCUCCCUGGGAAUCCACUACACGGGGGCAUUCUACUCGGAAUACCUCCCCAUGUCGACCGGUGGGAGUUUCGACAACACCGGGGCGGCCUACAACGUCUCCCGAAUUCUGACUCCUGAGUACACCCUGGAUGCCCAACUCUACCAAGGGUACUCGCCUCUUUUCUUAUCAACCACAUUCGCGAUGGCCUACGGUCUCUCCUUUGCCACCAUCAUUGCCGUUGUGAUGCACACCGGUCUGUUCUACGGGCAAGAGAUCUGGGCCAAGUGGAAGGCGUCUCGAGGCGUGGGAGCCGAUAUCCAUCAACGCAUGAUGCUGAAGUACGCGGAAGCACCGUGGUGGUGGUAUGCCAGUAGUUUUGUCGUCAUGUUCGCCCUCGGUCUCGUAACCUGUCUCGUCUGGGAGACCCAUCUGACCUGGUGGGCGUUCAUCGUCGCCCUCUUCAUCUCCUUUUUCUUCUAUCUCCCUAUCGGCAUCAUCCAAGCCACCACCAACACGCAGAUCGGACUGAAUGUCAUUACCGAGUUCAUCAUCGGAUACAUGCAGCCCGGACGCCCGCUGGCGAUGAUGAUGUUCAAGAUGUACGGCUACAUCACCUGCUACCAAGGUCUCUACUUCACCCAGGACAUCAAGUUGGCACACUAUAUGAAGGUGCCGCAGCGGGUGACCUUCUGGGCCCAGUUCAUCGCCACGCUGUGGUCCUGCAUUGUCCAGAUCGCCGUCUACAACUGGGCCCUCGGCUCCAUCGACGGCGUCUGCACGCCCGAGCAGGCCAACAACUACACCUGCCCUAACGCACACGUCUUCUUCACGGCCUCCAUCAUCUGGGGAACCAUCGGCCCCCAGCGCAUCUUCGGCACCGACGGCGUCUACCACCCGCUCCUCUACUUCUUCAUCCUGGGCCUCGGCGCCCCGGUCCUCAUGUACUUUCUCGCACGCAGGUUCCCCAAGUCCAACCUCCGCUAUAUCAACACGCCCAUCAUCUUCGGCGGCACGGCCUACAUCCCGCCCGCGACGCCCAUGACCUACGCCACCUGGGGCAUCACGGGAUUCAUCUUCAACAAGUACAUCAAGGGGCGGCAUCUGGCGUGGUGGACCGAGUACAACUUCAUCACCUCGGCGGCCCUGGACUCCGGCACCAUCAUCUGCGUCCUGCUCAUCUUCUUUGCGCUGCAGCUCCCCAACACGGUGACGAGCCCGCAGUGGUGGGGAGGCUGGGGAGGCGGCUUCCAGAACAACGGGGACUGGAACGCGGUCGUGCAGAAGGUCGCGAAUGGGACCUUUGGGCCCUCGAGCUGGAAGUGA